AAAAAUUCUUCAAUAUGGCUCCCAGUUGAGUAGUGAUAAGGAGAACACGAAAAACAAGUCUAUAAUUCAGUUUCUUUGGCUUAUUUUAUUAUGAGUACACAGGAGACAGGUGGUGGCUUAACCAAAUGGCAAAUCGCAGCCUUAAUUGGGGUGCCUGUUGCCGUAGGUUGUGUGUUAGGCGCGUUUUAUUAUUGGAAGACCUCAGAAAACGCAGUGGAGGAUCAAGAAGAUACAGAAAAUGACGUAACUAGCAAACAGAGUGAUGCGUCUGCCAACGAAGCUCCUGACAGCGAAGAUGUUUCUGAGCAGAAACAGGUACAUUGAAUUGAAGUUGUCACAUUAUCCCUUAAACUAGAAAAGUGACCGGUGAUUUACGUUACUAGUGCAAGCCUGACACCUCCUUCUCUCUCGUAGCCUCUUGUAUCCCCACUCAUCGAUCGUCUUGAUCAGCCCCGUACGUGAGAUAUGAGGAUGCAAAUUCUCCUUAGUUGUCGCCUCUUAUUUUUUUUCAUCGUGUUUUGAAUAAAAGGCUUAACUACAGAAUACAGGGCAAAUAUACUUUCUUGGGCUCGGUAGUCUCGACUUGAUGAGCCACCGAACCAUUGAGCCAUUAAACACCGAGCCACUUCUGCAGGGCUGUCAACCCCCGUAUUUAAAUAUUAAGAAUUGAUAGGGAAGGAAUGAUAGAUGACGUCGUAACGUUCAACACAUGACAUCAUUCGCGCAAAAAAGAUACUCUUUGACUCCAGUCAUCACGAAUUUGUGAUGACACAAAAUGCGCGAAAAAGAUGUUGUUGGCAUUUUAACAUUUGACCUGAUUGGUUCACUUCCCACCAAUCACAUUAUUUCUUAUAUUACAAUGGCAUAUCGGAGUUUUUUGAGAAAAAGUUUGAUGUUAACAGCUAAAACAAUGCAAAAUAUUUGAAAUUUUAUUGUCGGAAAGUCAAGUUUACAAGAAAUGGCAACUUCGGUGAUUAUCCUUGAGAUUUCAGACUCUAAUCUUGAGUCUGGAAGAUACGGUCCAAAAUCUGGAGUCUCCGGGAUUAUCCGGGAGAGUUGACAGCCCUACUUCUGUUUAAGACCUUGAAAUAUGGCCGUGAAUUCUGUAGUUGCUGCAAGCUUUUUUAGUAAAUACAAGUAUAAGAUGAGAGAAGUGGCGAUCAGUUCAUUGCUCUCAUACGCCGCUGAUCUGCCUCUGAUAUGUAGCUGCCCGUACCAACUGUGAUACUGUACCUCCAACACAUAAGAACAUACUCUCCCACCAACAAAAUCAUCAUGGUCUUAUGCCAAUAUACAUGAGCUUCACAGGCAUUCUGGCAUUUAAUGCUGGGGUAGCCUCGAUUGGCGAUGACUUUUGUUCUGAUGUUGAUACGGUAUCUCGAGCAUUACUGCUGGCUAUGUUGUAGGUAGAUCAGCAGCAUUUGGGAACCAUGCUUAAGAAUUAUUGAUGUCAGACUGAAUGUUUAAAUAUUAUUAAUAAUUAUUAAUAAUUAUUUAUUUUAGUAAUUGUUAUUUGCUUAUUGCUUGUGAGAAUUGAUUGUGUGAAUGAUAAAUGAAAAUUUGAAUGAAAGACACCCUCUUUUUCACUCACAAACUUUGUUGGCUACUUUAAUAUUACUAAAACCCCUGCUAGUGAUAUUACAGUAUUUUAUAUUUUACUUAAAGAAUUUUGACUUUUUUUGGCUUUCUCCACUAUUAAGUGUGAAAGGGUUAAUAUGAGUAUGUUUGUUGGUAUUUUUCAUCUUGUAUACAGCUGUCCCCUGCAGAGCAAGCUCAAGCAGUUAAACUAAAAGGCAACAAGUAUUUCAAGGGUCAAAAAUAUGAUCAAGCCAUUAAAUGCUACACAGAAGCCAUUAGCCUCUGUCCAGAAGAAAACAAGACUGAUCUUGCAAUGUAUUACCAAAACAGAGCAGCAGCUUAUGAACAACAGGUAAACAUUUUUGCUGAUUAAGCUGACACCAAUUUUUAGGAUAUCAUCUUAGGUAAAUCAUUUGUGGACAAUCGUGCAACGUAAAUCAAAGUCAGCUAGUAAGGCAAGUAGUACAAAUACCAUUUGUUUACAAAUUAUGAAAAAGGCAACAUUUUGCAAGGGUCAUCAUUAUGUUUUAAUAUAAUAACAAAAUAAUAAAGAUCGAUAAAGAUUUGAAUAUUUGGAAGCUGCUAGCCUUUCUUUCUAAAACUGAAAAGUGGAUAAUCUGUUGACAGCUCUGUUUGUAACAGUAUACUGACUUGAAUAAUCUGUUUUUAUUGUAGAAAAACUAUGAGCAAGUCCUUGCAGAUGCUAGUAAAGGUUAGUGAAGUGUCAGCCUUAACUUUAUAGAAGACAAAUGGGGUACGUUUGGAAAGUCUUGAUUUCAAACCAUGUUGUAUUAUCUGACCAACAUUUUUUAUUUAUUGUGUAUUGUUACAUUGAUUAAGUACUGAAGCUGUCAUAAUUUUAUACAAGUCAUAUAUGUACAAAGCACUGUCAGUCCAUUGCCACAAUCAGAGCAGGAUGUUAAGCCUGUGGUAUUAUCCUUGUUUUCUCAGCCAUAGAAUUCAAUACAAAGUAUUCCAAAGCCUUCAUGAGAAGAGCACGGGCCUAUGAACAGCUAAACAGAAAGGCGGAGUGUUUGCAAGGUAAAACAAUGAGCUUCAACUGUGCUCUUCAUGUAUAAAGGAAGAGUAAAUUCUUCAAGCUCAGUUCUACAGAAAUUGAGUCUGUGUGGGUGUCCUGAAGCAUGUGGCAUGACUGCAACUAUGCCUCUAUGUUUUCCGGUUUAAGUUUCGUUUAGGUCAUUUGGAUGCCUUUUUGCCUCGAAAAACGUUAUGAUUUCCUGCUUGAGCCAUCAGACUUACAAGGAUUGACCAAAUGCUAGGGAAGUGUUCUUGCAGGUGUCAUUGUUUCUGGAAUUGCUUGAAAUGAAGCUUUAGAAAGUUAGACCUUUUCAACUUUGCCUGUGGGGUUUUUUAGUACAUGUAUAAAUUUUGUUGAAGUCAUUUGGACACCUUUUUGCAUAGAAAAUAUUUAUGAUUUCUUGCAUGAUCCAUGACUUGUGACGAUUGACUGAAUCAGAAUGCUAAGGAACUGUGCCUGAUGACAUCAUUCCUGGAAUUUCCUGUAUUGAAGCUUUAGCAGUUUAUCAUGACUGUUUGUUGUUAUUGAUUGUUGUGGUUAUGGAUCAUCUUAAGUCACUGCAUCUCCUCCAUUUCCAUCAACAGAUCUCACAGCUGUGUGUAUGAUUGAAGGUUUUAAUAACCCUAACUGGAUGAUGCAAGCAGAUAGGGUCUUGAAAGAAAUAGGGAAAGAAAAAGCUCAGGAAUACUGUAAGGUAUAAGCCACAUUACAUGGGCGUAGUAUUAGUAAAGCAAUUUAUGUAUCGUAGAGUAUAAUUUUUCCUUGCAAAACAGAAUAAUGCAAGCAUAAAAUUAAAAAUGGGCUACCUUUGUUUCUGAAAUGUACUGUUAAUUCGUUGUUUACCAAGUCUUGUUAUGAGUGAUUUUUUUAUUUUGUUAGUGUCAAAAAUAAUGCAAGCAGUGCAGUAAUGAUUAUAAUUCUGAAGUAAAUGUUGGCAUUCUAAACAGGUGCAGAUCCACGCGUAUUAUGAAAAUUGGCCAGAUUUUUCAUAACAAACAUGUUUUUAAUAAUAAAAGAAAAACUUUCCAAGCUGAAAUCUUGCUCCAUUUCCAAUAUAACAAGGAAAUUAACCUUGUUGUAGUAAUUCACCUAUUUGCAAGGCUUCAUCCAAGGUGAACGGAAUGGGCCAACAUCCUGUCUGAAUGACUCAGAAGCCCAGGAAAAGGGACUUUAAAGAGUUAAAAUCCAUAAAAUUUCCUGGUGGAGCAUACCCCAAACCCCGCUAGAAGGUGCAUCUUUGGCCCUCCUUUAGCAAAUCGGUCAGUUUUAUUUAUCCUAGAUCCGUGCCUGCUGAACAUGUCUACUUUCUGCCCUAGUGGUUUUCGAAUGACCUGGCAGCUACCAAGUUUUGUAAAAUUGAGCUUUCUAUGUUAAAGUUUUCCUCAUUUACUUAAUCUUUGCAGAGAAGGAGGACGGCUCUACCUUCACCAACUUACAUCAAAGCUUAUUUAGAAUCUUUUCGUCAUGGUAAGUUUUGGCAGGCAUAAAAAGUCUUUUUAAUUAACAGAAUAUUUUUCUAAUAUUCAACAAUAAUUAUUGUUUCUCCCCCUGGCCUUCCCCCAAUCCCUUGAAAGAGUUUCAGGGAGCCCACAUCCCACAUUAGAAACCAAUUUUUGGGGUAGUUUCUUGCAUCUUGAUGACUAUCUUCUCCACGUAACAAGUUAUAAUUUAUUGGGUGAUUUAUAUAAUUAGGUUUUUUAAUAGCUGUGGGUUAUUUUCCCCCUCUUUAAGGUUACCUUGAAAGAAAUGAAUAAUUACGUGACUCUUGAUACAUGUAUCUUGGUUUGUUGAAGAUGACACUUUGGAAGUGAAUUCUACAGAAGAUGUGCCUGAGGAUUCACCUUUUCUAGAAGCUGUUAAACAGAUGAAAAAAAAGAAAUAUGAAAACAUAGUGGACUUGUGCACUCAGCAAAUUGAGACAGGUAGACUUGGGACUAUGUGUUCUUGUUAAACCAUUUAAUACAACAGAUACCACAAAGGAUUGUAAGAGCAUAAUAUUGUCAGAAAUCUCCGAGUUAGCUCAGUUGGAUAAGCAUUAGUCUGCCAAGCGGGAGGCUGCUCGUUCAAACCUCAGCCAAACCAGUGUGUUGGGUCUCUAAAUGACUAAGGAGAAAGUGCUGCCUUUGUAAAGACAUCUGCAAACAGUUAGACUUUCUAGUCUUCUCAGAUGAGGACGAGAAACUGUAUGCCCCGUCUCACAACCCUUGCACGUAAUUAUAACUGUAGUCCCCAGGGUGAUGGUCUAUAUCUCAUGGGGGGAGGGACUGUUGCACGCCUGUAGAAAUUGGCACCAAAAGCUGUUGCAGUGACCCUGCCAAGAAUUGGUGACCCUAAGUAAAUAAAUCUAAGGAGGCAGGCUACUCAUAAUUAUGCCAAUCACAUCAAGUACAUCUUGAUUGCAUCUGCAAACACUUGUGCUGUAAUGCAUGUAGCCCCUUGUGACAUCUUUUGAUGGGGAAUGCAAAACAUACUGUAUUUGACACAAGUGUGAGAUACUUGAUUUUUGUGGCCACCACUCAGAGACCAAGUUAGUUUUACCCCUUUGUUGCUUCAGAGAUUGUGCUAAUCUUUAUCACUUUGAAGAGUGCAAAAAAAAGUCAAAAUUCUUUAAGAGUCAUAUCUUAAUAUUAUCAUGUACACAUUUUGUCAAGGCCCAGGACCACUUUACCUCAGGGCUUUUGCUCUGAGAGGAACUAUGUACACACUGAUAUCAAAUAUAGAUGAAGCCAUCCAGGAUUUGACUCAAGUAAUAGAUGCUGAAAGUCUGGAAGACUUGACCAAGGUACUCUUGCAACUUCCCUGUGUUAAUUUACUUGCAUUCUGCCAAGAAUCAUUCACACCUAACUGCCAAUCACCCAGUUUCAAAUACCCAGUAUUCUGGAACCACAAAAUCUUUGGCGAGCAACCAGAUCUUCAAAAAAGUUGCAAAUUUCCGAACCUUUCCAGACCUCAGUAGAAUGUUUGGAUCCAGAACUUAAACCAUUUAGCCAUGUAUUUAAAUUUCAAAACGUCCACCACAUAACAAACUGCAUAUGUUUAUAUUUUUAUUCUCUUGGUACUUUAAAUCACAUGUGAAUAAAUUAAAUUUAAAUCCCUAAUUCCCAAGUGAUUGUUCAUUCAGUUGAAGGUAAACUGCCUGAUCAAACGUGGAAGUAUGCAGCUACAAGCCGAAAAUGUACAGGAAUGUGUCAAAGAUUUUGAUAAGGCAAUAGAACUUGAUCCUGAUAAUUCAGAUAUUUAUCACCACAGGGGACAGGUUAGUGCUUUUUCAACAUUUUUUUGAAAACACAUACCCUCUAGGUAAUGAAAUUCACAAAUAAUAAUGUAUUUGGUGGUUAAACCCUUUUAAUGUGGACUCAAAAGGGACCAAGCCAAGAGUCCACUUUACAGAGGUGUCUGUAUUACAGUCAAACCUCGUUAAUAUGGACACCAAAGGGACAGAGCCAAGUGUCUGCCAACAUCCUUAAUACAGAUACCAAAGGGACAGAGCCAAGUGUCUGCACUACAGAGGUGUCUGUAGUACAGUCAAACCCCCUUAAUUCAGGUGUCCACUAAUUACAGGCUUGUUUUACAGAAAAUAUGGGAAGAAUCAUUUCCUAACUGCGGCAGGAUUAGCUCAGCCCGUAAAGCACUUGACUGCAGAGCGGGAGGUGGUGGGUUUGAUCCUCAGGGCCAGACCAAUACUCAGGGUCUUAAAAUAGCCGAGAAAUGAAGUUACUCCCUUUGCACUGUAUUGCACUGUGGCUCGAAUGACCACAUAAAAUGGCGGUCCGGAGACGUAAAAAUAGUGUCCCCAAUUAGUACUUUGCUGCUAAAUACACUGACACUCAAAGUGCUCUUUUUGAUAACACUGUACUGAGCCAUUUGUCCACUUAUUCACUUUUUCUUGCCUCUCUUUCAGAUCAACUUCCUGUCCGAAAGACUCACUCAAGCCAAAGAAGAUUUUGAGAAGUGCAUAUCACUAAAUGACACUUUCAUUCCAGCUAGGAUCCAGCUUGCAUAUUGCAUUUACAAGUCUGCUGCCUUGCAGCAAUCUCCAAUCCUUGCUCAUGGAGCAGUAGAAAUGUUGCAGAAAACCGUGGAGAAUUACCCCGACUCAGCGGAUGCCCACAGUCUUUUUGCACAGGUUUGUGAGGGAUUAUGAAAUCCAAAGUCGGCUAUAUUCUUUUACAUCUAUUUUUAGCACACUACUUACAGAUCCUUUUAGCCUGUUGCAGGCGUUCAGAUGGAAACCGGUCGUUUCGAUACGAACUCAAGCAGUGAAAUUGGACAAAAAAUUAUGAUCACUUCAGGUGAAGUUUGCAAUUGAACAAGAAAAACAUUUUGGGUGAAUAUUCUUCGUUGUUUAAGCCAAGUACGUAAAACUAAGUGCACCUUGAUGGAAUUAACUUUUAUCGAAACGACCGGUAACCGAGAGGAGGCUCUCACCCCCUUCCCGAACCUCUCGCUGUUUUUCCUUCUCACAUUUCUUUGCGCCGUCUCACAAUCUGAAAGCCUGGAACAGGCUAAGAUCUCUUCUUCCCAUCGUUGAGAUCGAGCACUAACCAUAGUUUCAAAUUAAAACCUUUAAAUCCACUGCUUCAUUGUGAGGUACGGGUUAGCUCGUGCCCGUACCGGCGCGGUCAAUAUGGGUGGACAGCGUCUUAAUCUCUAUAAAAAAAGCAAGGCUACCGGGCCUGGUAGAACGAUGAUCUGUUUGUUUAGGUAAUUUUACCCUGUACACUUGCGUUUGAAUUUAAACAUAAUUUAUCGUAAUGUUCUGAUUUACAUUGAUGCCAGGUACUACAAGAUAUGCAGCAGUUUGCAAAAGCCGAGGAGCACUUUGACAGGGCAAUAAAGCUUGAACCCUAUAACCCGGUUCAUCUUGUCUAUAAAGGGUUGGUAUCAAAAUGACUUUUUAACGUUGCCUGGUUUAAGAAAUGUGUUAACCAAGAAGUAAUUAUUUCUACAUUAUUUCUAUAAACAAUGUUUUAUCCGAUGUCCAGAGGCUGAGUUGGAAAAAAAAGCAGAAACCCUGUUUGGAGUUUUUUUUAACGAUUUCGUCGUGUCUGGAUAUCGAAUGAAACACUCGUUAAAGAAAGGAAGCUGCUUCACUGGUCAACAAUUCUUGAUUUAAUAAUAUGUAUGGCAAAAAAGUGAAGCCAAUUUCUUAACCUUUUUAAAAGUAUUUGAUUUUAUGUAGAGGAGGUGAACGCCUCUAUUUUCCUUCAAAUUACCUUGCAAAUUACCAUAAAGAGUAUAAGAAGAUCGCUAUGGACAAUGUUUCCCUUUUAGCAGAGGACUCUCACGGCAAGAAAAAACUGGGAGAAAGGAGAGAGAUCUCUGCUGGCCUCCGACGCGUUCUUUCAUUUAGCCGCCGAUCAUAUUUGUGGUCUAAACUUACUGGUUUUCAAAACCAGUUUCGUUUAAAGUGGAAUGCGCAUGCCCUUUUGAGACUUUACGCUGGGAAUUUAUGAGCCCACGGUUGUCAUCGGCAAACCGGUUCUGUAAUGUGUCCGUCUGUUUUUAAAAUAAUUGCGGCAGCUUAAACUGAUUGGUUUAGAAAGUGAAGCAAGGUGUUUUCAGCUUAAGAAUGCAGGUCAAUGACUUGCAAACAAGCUUUGUUCUAACUCAUUGUAAUAAUUUACUUUGAAGCAUGCUGAUGCUACAAUCACGACAAGACGUUGAGAAAGCAGUUGAAUUGGUUAACGAAGCCUUAGAGAUCGACGAGAAGUGUGACUUUGCUUACGAAACCUUAGCCACGCUUGAAGUUCAAAGGUGCUGUAUUAAAUAAUCUUGGGGUGCCUUCCAUAUGGCGAAACUAGCUGCCCUCACUAGCCGGGGAAUAAAGCCACCUCUACCUCGCUCCUCGCCGCUUGGGACGUUUCGCGGGAGACCCGAGAUGUCCCUAGCGGCGAACAGCGAGGAGAGACGGCUGUAUUUGAAGGUUAAACCGAUCAGUGCAAAAUGACUUGACCUCCAAAGGAGCGCUGUAAAAAUAUAGGGGCCCUGAGAAAGCCCUAAGCCCGCCCCAAAUACGAUUAACAAUGGACACCGCUAGCCAGCGGACACUCUAGCCAGCGUUUUCUCGCGUUUAACCUCGCCGAAAUUACAUUUAGCCACGUCUACGGGUAAAUCACUCACCAGAACAGACGUAAAGAGAAUUCUUUUAUUAAUAAGGACUGCCUAGCCAGAUCAGUAUUUUCCUAAAAAGUAUGUAGGGCAGAAGAAUGGGUUUUUCAGCGAAAACGUUCAAUCCAUUUUCGAAAUAAUUUGUCUUGUUGGAAGCCACACUUUGUCUGCUGCUAAUGCUUCUUGUCAGUAAACUCGCAAAUGCGACUGAGAUUUUUUUGCGAAGAUUCGACAAGACUUGUUCGAAUCAUACCUUCUUCGUUCCGUAAUAAUACUAGCAUUUGAAAAUGUAACCUCUUUAACCUUUUUCGUUUUUCACUUUUCCUUACAGGGGUAACCUGGACAGAGCAAUAGAGUUAUUUAACAAAGCGAUCGACUUGGUCAGAACAGAAACCGAACUGGCACAGACAUUUUCCCUUCGCGAAGCAGCCAAGGCACAAAAAUAUGUCACCGAAACACUAGGACUUACUCCGCCAACUGUUCCCUUCAUGUCUUAGGGACUUUUAUGAAAAAAAAAAUAUGCAAGAGGUCUACCGUAAUAGCCUGUUCACGGACGACAAUUCGACAGCGCGAGAACGAUCGCGUUCGGUCAAUAAAUCUACGCGCGCUGUUGAGGCCUCAAAUGUAAUAAGUGACCCUAAAUGUAAUAAAGGUCCUAAUUGUAAUAACUUUUGGCCCCAAAUCUAAUAAUGGUCCUAAAUGUAAUAACUUUUGGCCCUAAAUGUAAUAACGGGUCCUAAGUGUAAUUCUUUCAGCUCUUAUUAUGCUUAUGGUCAUAAGAAGAUUUCAUAGUGUUGGCUUUCAGCCUUAUUACAGGUUAACUGAGCGCAUGAAUGUGUCAAGGGAAGAAUCACUAAAUACACGAGGCAGAUCCCGUAUAUAGCCAUUUGAGUAACAACUUAUUAUUAUUCAUGUGGUGAAAUCCUGGAAAAAGAAGUUAGCAUAAAAAUUCACUUCAAGAAGUACUCCUGGUAGAAAUUAAAAUCAAAGUCAGGAAGUCCGAAAAACUAUCAAGAUAUACUUCCCUUAAUAUCUUGCUGUUUAUAUAUAACUUCGUGUUCACAGCAUUCUGUAUGGACCGACCGAUAUACUCUUUUGGAAAAUGAUAAAAAAAACCAUUUCUUUUUUUGGCGCAACAUUAAAAAACCCCAUAGGCAAAAGUAGUUAAUUUACUACGACUGUUUCUAAUGCACAUUAAUACUUCCUUCAGUUCAAUUACUAAAUUACUACUGUAUUUUGAAAACUUUUGUGUAGAUUCCAGUUGUUUAUAACUCGCGUUUUACGAUGUAGGGAUCAUGUAAUAGGAAACACGAUCGAGACGUAGUUAAUUUAUAAGUGUUUCUCCUACUUCUUGAGCGCUCUAACCGCUUUCUAAGUUUAUGAAUAUCUAUGAAGACUACAAUAGGGCGAAGAAAGUGAAUCGCCAGCUGGCUAUAAAAUUAAUAUCGCAUCAGACCGUCGCAUGUUUCAGUCAGGGACUUUAUCAAGUUUGGGGUUGUUAUACUACAUACAUGCAGUAUACUGUUAAGACUUCCAUUACAUUUAGGGCUAAAACCCAUUACACAUAUAAUAUUAUGAGACGCUUUAUUACAUUUAGGGCCAAAAGUUAUUACACUUAGGACCUUUAUUACAUUUAGGGUCGUUUAUUACAUUUGAGGCCUCAACAGCGCUCGACAAUCUUUAAAAAGAAAAUAGAGGGUCUGUGAACAGGCUAUACCGUAAGAGCUCUUAAUUCUU